GUCUCUGUUCGUCAGUGUGAUAUUACUCUAUGACAGCGUUGUUACUUUACCACGUCUUGGUAACGUUUAUUUUUAUAUAUAAUCUUGGCUAACGGUCCAGAAACGUCGUGGCCACGUCCUCCAAAAGCUCUCUAACUAGUCUCAUUAAGAACGAUGUGAAGACGUGUUUUUAUUUAUUGUUUACAAUAAUUUAUUGUAUUCAGUGUUUACAACAAAAUUGUCAACUUAUUCAUGAACUCUUAUAUAACAGACUGAGGACACAAUCACAUUUGCAUAAUUCAAAACAAAAGUAGAAAAGAAAUAAAUUAAAUUAAGAGAUUGUUUGUAGGGGUUUGUUAUGAGUUUAAUCUUGUCUAAUAAUGAAACAGGUUUCUGGCUUGGGGAAUAAUCUAGUUAUUAUUUUCAGCUGAGUCCACAUAUGUAGAUAGUUCUGUGCAGUGUAUAGGUAUCAUUAUCCUUUCCUGUGAUCCAUUUUCCAAAAAAAAACAAACUUGUUUAUAGUUUAAACAACGCAUAAUUCUUUUAAAACCUGUCAAAAAAUACAUAAAUAUGGAGAAGCACUGUGUCGCUCUUCGGCUUUGGCACCAAGUACUUGGAUUGUCAAGAUGGAUUUACUCUCAAGCUCAGGAGGUUUUUUUUUUUUUGCUUUUUUCCACUUUGUGAUUUACACUGCGUAGGUGGAUUAGACUCAGUACGAUGUUUUCUUUUGUUUGAGGCCCCAGAGAUUUCCAUCAUGUAGCAGUGCUUCUCCAUAUUUUUAUUUAUUUAUUUUUUUGUCAGUCAGAUUCGUUUCACUAACACAAAUUUUUAUUUAUUUGAAGGCUCCUUCAGUGCUGGAUAUGCUCGCGUGAUCUUGUAGUAGGUAGAGAUUUAGAUUAAACUGUCAGAAUUAACUCGAACAAAAGAAGAGUGCACAAAAAGUUGACUGUUCAGUCUGCCAUCUUGCCCGGAACCUGUGAAGAUGUGGUACCCUGGUAUCCAGAUAACUUACUGUCAUUUUAUCUUUGUAGAGAUAUGUUCCAUUUGAAUACAAUAUUGGAAAUUUACUAACUGUAUCAAACAUUGUAUGUAAGUAAAUGAAUCCAUGUCUGAAUUUUAUUAUCUUUUGAUGUUAUUUGUCACACAUCAAUGGCAAAUAUCUGCCACCAAAAGGCAAUUUACAACAACUACCAAACAUUUUGCUUAGUAAAUGGUGAUUAUUCACGAUAUUAUAUUUUUGUGAAUGAAAGAGAUUUUUUAAUGAAGGCACGAGACUUCUCUUUGAAUUUUAAACUGUGAACAGUGUGCAGAAUCAGAUUUUUGGAGUACUGCACAUGCGCCUAAUUUUGCCAGUAACCGCCAUUUUUCAACAGACAGACGCACGCUGAAAAGUGACUCUUCUCCAAUGACGUGUACGCUGGUGCGAGGACUGGUUUGAUCCCUCUCCACCAGCACCCUGUCAUAAAACAUGUUCCACUGCUCAGAUUGUGGGGAGAGUUUUACUAAAAGUCAUCAUCUCAAAGAUCACAAGCGGAUUCACACAGGGAAGAAGCCAUUUUACUGUGGACAGUGUGGGAAGAGUUUUACUUGUCAGAGUAAUCUCCAAAAGCAUGAGCGCAUUCACACAGGAGAGAAGCCGUAUCACUGUGGACAGUGUGAGAAGAGCUUUACUUUUCAGAGUAAUCUCCAACAGCAUGAGCGCAUUCACACAGGACAGAAGCCGUAUUACUGCUCUCAGUGUGGGAAAAGUUUUACCCAACUAUGUAAUCUCCAGCGACAUGAGCGCAUUCACACAGGAGAGAAGCCGUAUUACUGUGGACAGUGUGAGAAGAGCUUUACUUUUCAGAGUAAUCUCCAAAGACAUGAGCGCAUUCACACAGGACAGAAGCCGUAUUACUGUGGACAGUGUGGGAAGAGUUUUACUCGUGAGAGUCAGCUCCAACAGCAUGAGCGCAUUCACACAGGGGAAAAGCCGUAUUACUGCUCACAGUGUGGGAAGAGUUUUACUUGUCAGAGUAGUCUCGAACAACACCAGCGUAUCCACACUGGAGAGAGGCCCUAUCACUGUGGACAGUGUGGGAAGAGUUUUACUUGCCAGCGUACUCUCCGACAGCAUUUGCGCAUUCACACAGGAGAGAAGCCGUAUCACUGUGGACAGUGUGGGAAGAGUUUUACAUUUCAGAGGGAUCUCCAACGACAUGAGCGCAUUCACACAGGGGAAAAGCCGUAUUACUGCUCCCAGUGUGGGAAGAGUUUUACUUGUCAGAGUAGUCUCCAACGACACCAGCGUAUCCACACAGGAGAGAAGCCGUAUCACUGUGGACAGUGUGGGAAGAGUUUUACUUGCCAGAGUAAUCUCCAACGACAUGAGCGCAUUCACACAGGAGAGAAGCCGUAUCACUGCUCGCAGUGUGGGAAAAGUUUUCGUGACCAGAGGACCCUCCACAGCCACCAGCAGAGUCAUACGGGACAGAAGCUGUACCUCUGCGGACAUUGUGGGCGGAGCUAUACACAUUCAAGUUCAUUAAGGACACACAAGUGCUCUAACAUAAAUCCAUCAGAUUUUGACGUGAAUUUCUCAAAUUAAGAUUUGUUAUUCAUUUUCAUUUUUUAAAGGGGAGAUAAAGAGACAUUCAGGCAUUAAACAAUAUCAUAUUAUUUGUCAUGGACUGUAGUAUUCUGUUGCAUGGGAUUUAUUGCUUACUCUCUGGGUUUUAGCAAAAUUCAUGAUUUUAUGUUGUUUUCCUGUUCCCCAAACCCUACAAUACCACUCAUGGAAUACACAUAUUAGCUUUUUAAAAUGUUGGGUUGUGCAUACUAUUGAACUGAAAGCCUUUUUUAGUGACAGGUUACAAAUUCUGCUAGAUUUCCUAAUGUUUGUGAGAUUAACCGCCAAGAUCAAGGUGUAGUCACAGAGUUUGGGGGUGUAGUCAUCAAGUCCCAAAAUUAGUCAGUGACUGGGAAAUUGGGCUUAAAUUCAUGUAGUGUGCACUAGGCUUACUGUCAUCUCUAUUGCUAAUGCUGAAUAAUAGACCUUUAUAACCUUUAUAACACUGAUUCAAAUGAUUCAAAUAUUCUGUUCGCAAUAAGAUCUUAUCAAACAUAUUUAGAUUUAGCUUUCUUUGUCUCCUCCUGGAUAUAUUUGUUUCUGUGUUCCGACUGUAGAUAGUUAACUAGCAACAGACAUGUUCACAAGUCCCUGAGGUCCAAGUCAAGUCUCUGAGGUGGAGUCCAAGUCAAGUCUUUGUUCUAUUUUUCGCAACAGUGUAUGAGGCUAAAUCAAUUUUGAAAUAUUAAAACUGAUUACUUCUU